AUGACGAAGAAAAUUGCCGACACUGGAAAGGAGACCCCAGACGGACUCCGUCGGGCUGGCUUUGAACCUACUUUCGGGAUAGAUGGGGCUGGUAUUGCGCGUGCAUACUUGACCCAUGGCGGGGGUUACUAUCUCGACGUUGGAUGCAGUCAGCUUAUCAUCGAUGGCAAGAUCAAGGUCAACCACAACCCGGGUGAGACCAAAGGCUCUGGGAAAUGCGAGCUUCUUUUGGCGAACGGCAAAUCCCUACCAGCGGAUGUUGUUGUCCUAGCCACCGGAUACGAUAACAUACGCACGACAGCGAGGAAAGUCGUGGGUCCCGACGUUUGGGAUCUGAAUGCAGAGGGAGAGAUUCAAGCGGUGAGUUUCCAUUAUCAGUGA